UGCUACAUCUGCUACCACCAUCUGCGCAAGGUCGAAAAAGGCCAGGAAAGAUAUCUGCAUCUCAAGCUGUAGAUCACCUCAUCAGAUUUCAAAAGGCUGGAACCAGCGUGCAACAACAUCUGGACAACAUCACCCAAAGCAGUCAGCCCUAUCUUCUUGCGCAGGGAUCCACCAGAAGCAGCAUUCACUCAUACUUCAUUGUGAUCGACAAGCACGCACUUCCAUGCAAGGCAACGGGGUCAGUGGGAGCCUUUGAUGAACUCAUUAAAGCCCAUUACGUCUUUGGUACGUCAUACAGUUCUUCCCUGAGCAGCUUUUUCACUUUUGUGCAAACGACCAUCUACAAUAUUGACAUUGGCGAAACAAAGGAAACUCCCAGGAUUGCAGAGUUGCGAGCAAGAAUGUUGCAUUGAGUGAAUAACUUUUCAGAUCGAACCAUGAGGUGUUUUCUUUGCAAAAGUGACCAUGGAAGUCCAAACGGCCUUGUUAAGCACCUCAAGGUCAUUCAUGGUCUUUGUGCAGGCAGGACUCUUUAUCUUAAAUGUGGCCAAGUGGGAUGCUCACAUUCUUUUGGUAGCUUCUCUGGUUUUAGAAAACAUCUUAACAAGUGGCAUGUAAGCAGUUCUUUUGAGUCUGUUGAAGAUGAUUUUUCACAUCCCUCAAGCAUGCUAAACACAAGUAAUGCCACUCAUGUUGAAGUUUUAGCUGAAUACGAGUCAGAGACUGAAUCUGAGUUACCUUCGCCAGACCUUGUAAAUAGUUGUGCAGCUGUAAUUUCUGAUCUAAAGGCAGCAGGUGUAGGGCAAAGUACAGUGAAUUCUGUAGUGAUUUCCAUGGAAGAGCUAGUUCAAGAUAUCCAUCAGCAUGCAAAAGAAACAGUCAUUAAGACUGUAUUUAGUGAUGAAAGAGAAACUGAAAUGUGCAAGAAAGUUGUGGCAUGUUUUCAAGAGUUAGAGAACCCUUUCACAAUUCUAAAUUCGGAAUACAAAAGAUCAAAUUUUUUUACAAGCAAAUGGGAAACUGUAGAACCAGUUGAAUGUGUAGUUGGCUCGAGAUUUGAUACAAGGCGAAAUAAAAAGACUGGAACAUAUGAUCAGGUAGUAGUUCAAGAUACAUUUAUGUAUAUUCCAAUUUUAUCUACAUUGCAGUCAAUAUUUAAAAGUCAGUAUGCUGCAGAAAUGUUGAAAAGGCCAGCUACUGACAAUUCAAGACUCAGAGAUAUUUGUGAUGGAUCUUUCUUUAAGAGUCACCCUCUGUUUUCAACUGAAAAACACGCUGUACAGAUCCAAAUGUUCUAUGAUGACUUUGAGGUUGCAAACCCGCUGGGUUCCAAGAAAGGUAUUCAUAAAUUGGGUGCAAUAUAUUUUACUUUAAGAAACUUUUCUCCAAAAUGGAAUUCUUUUUUGUCUAACAUACAUCUGUGUGCCUUAUUUCAUGCACAAGACCUCAAACGGUAUGGUUUUAUUGAAAUUCUUGCUCCCGUUGUUCGAGACAUUAAAGUGUUGGAAAGUGAUGGUAUUGACAUUCCAUUAUACAGUGGUCGUGUACGUGGCAGUGUGGUACAGGUUACUGGUGAUAAUUUGGGUUUACAUGGCUUGUUUGGUCUGGUGGAGUCUUUCAGUGCAAGGUACUGCUGCAGGUUUUGUUUAGCUGAAAAAGAUGACUUUCAAACGGAAUUCUCUGAAGAUUCCUCCAAAAUAGUGUUACGCACCAAGGACAUGCACACUGCUCACUGUCAAGAAAUAGCUUGCAAUCCAUCUCUUCCUUACGUUUUUGGUGUGAAGAGAACAUGCUUACUAAAUUCACUGAAGUAUUUUCACACAACUGAGAACUUCUCAGUUGAUGUGAUGCAUGAUUUGUUAGAAGGGGUGGCCCAGUACGAAUUGAAGUGUCUGUUUGUGUAUUUAAAAGAAAAACAUGUUACAUUAGAGGAACUUAAUUCAAGAAUACAAAGUUUUGAUUAUGGAUUCAUGGAGAGAAACAAUAGACCAGUGGCAGUCAAUUUAAAAGAAGGGUCUAAUGAUCUGGGACUGAAUGCAAUUCAGUCGUGGUGCUUACUGAGGAAUGUUCCUCUUAUCUUUGGAGAUUUGGUCACUUCUACUGAUCAACACUGGGCCCUGCUUCUUUUAUUACUUCAGAUAGUAAACAUUGUAUUCUCUCCCUUGCUUUCUCAAGGUUUAUGUGUAUAUUUAAAACAUUUGAUUGUUGAACACCACAAACUGUUUAAGAAGUUGUAUCCCCAGAAAAGACUUUUACCAAAGCACCAUUUUCUUAUCCAUUAUCCCCGCUGCAUCCAGAAAAUUGGACCUGUACUUCAUAGUUGGUGCAUGCGGUAUGAAGGAAAGCAUAAUUAUUUCAAAAAACAGCUCAAGUCAUUCAAAAAUAUUACUAAAACACUGGCAAAAAAAACAUCAGAAUCAUAUGGCAAUAUAGUUGGCGAUCUUCAGCAAACUUUCACACGAUUAGACAUUGGUCCAGGAAAAAUGGUGUCCUUUAAAUAUGGUAAAAGGGGGUUCUGCGAUUGUUCAUGCAAUGCAAGUACCUAG